AUGGGAUUCAAAAGGGUGAAGGUUAAAAAUGCGGUGGUCGAGAUGGACGGUGACGAAAUGGCGAGGGUGAUGUGGCAUCUGAUCAAGAAACAGCUGGUGUUGCCCUAUUUGGAUAUCGAGAUAAAGUACUUCGACCUUGCCAUUCAAGUGAGGGAUAAAACGGAGGACCAAAUCACGGUCGAUUCUGCACGGGCAGCUUUGAAGCACAAAGUAGCAGUGAAGUGUGCUACUAUCACUCCCGAUGAGGCACGGAUGAAGGAAUUCCAUCUGAAAAAGAUGUGGAAAUCGCCCAACGGAACCAUUAGAAACAUACUGCAGGGUACUGUGUUCAGAGAGCCUAUUGUGAUUCCUUGCGUCCCCAGGUUGAUACCAAAUUGGGAUAAGCCUAUUAUCAUAGGCAGACAUGCAUUUGGCGACCAGUAUAAGGCAACAGACUUGAAGAUACCAGGUCCUGGGAAGAUGUCGUUGGUAUUUCAACCAAAACAUAAUCCAGGGGAGAAGAAAGAGUGGGAAGUCUUUGACUUUCCCAAGAAUGGCGGUGUGACAAUGGCUAUGUAUAACACCACAGGCUCAAUAGAGAGUUUUGCUAAAUCGUCCUUUGAACUUGCCUUGAAGAGGAAACUCCCCCUGUUUUUUGCAACUAAGAACACAAUUCUGAAGGAGUACGAUGGGCUCUUCAAAGAUAUAUUCGAAAAGCUUUACAAGGACCAUUAUAAAACGAAAUUUGAGGAAUUGGGGAUCACAUUUGAACAUCGUUUGAUUGAUGACAUGGUUGCCCAGAUGCUGAAAUCCAACGGUGGAUUCAUUCUCUCGCUGAAAAACUAUGAUGGCGACGUCCAAUCGGAUAUAGUCGCACAAGGGUUCGGGUCUCUUGGUUUGAUGACCUCCAUGUUGGUUACUCCAGAUGACAGUGUGUUUGAGAGUGAAGCUGCGCACGGCACUGUGACUAGGCAUUUUAGAAAGUACCAGAAAGGUGAAGAAACAUCCACGAAUUCUACUGCGUCAAUAUUUGCUUGGUCAAGAGGCCUACUUCAAAGGGGUAAACUCGAUGGGAACCAGAAUUUAAUGCGAUUCGCUCAGUGUUUGGAGAGAUCCACCAUUGAUACAGUUCAAAUUGAUCGGAUAAUGACGAAAGAUAUCGCGCUCGCACUGGGGAGAACGGACAGAGCAGCGUACGUGACCACAGAACAGUUUAUUGACGCCGUAAAGAACCGCUUGAACAGGACACUUCAGAAUUGGGAAGGUCAAAAAACCGGUCGUGACUCAAAGCUAUAA